CAAGCAAUACAACCAGUGAGAACGCUUUAUAUUAUAUCCAGUGAGCAGUGUGCUUAAAAUCAGUCAAAAUAACCACCUUCGAAGCAAGCAUCAUUGAAUCCUUCGCCGAAAUGGAGGACUCCAAAAUGGUCAAGAUCGGGGACAUCAAUCUGUCCGAUGAUCCGGCAGUUACUCUCACCAUUCGACUCAUCAUGCAAGGAAAGGAAGUCGGAAGCAUUAUCGGGAAAAAGGGAGAGAUCGUCAAGCGGUUCAGAGAAGAGUCCGGUGCAAAAAUCAACAUAUCAGACUGCUCGUGCCCGGAACGAAUCGUGACGGUCUCCGGAUCCAGAAGUGCGAUCUACAAAGCCUUUACACUAAUCACGAAGAAGUUCGAAGAGUGGUGUUCCCAGUUUCAAGACCAAACGAACUCACAGGGCAAACCACAAAUUCCAAUUCGUCUGAUUGUACCAGCUAGUCAGUGUGGCUCGUUGAUCGGAAAGGGUGGCUCCAAAAUCAAAGAAAUUCGGGAAAUCACCGGCUGCUCGAUACAAGUUGCAAGCGAAAUGUUGCCAAACUCGACGGAACGUGCCGUUACGUUGAGUGGCUCCGCUGAAGCAAUCACGCAAUGCAUCUAUCACAUAUGCUGUGUCAUGCUGGAGUCACCACCGAAGGGUGCCACAAUUCCGUAUCGGCCAAAGCCACAGGUGAAUGGGCCGGUAAUAGUGGCAAACGGCCAGGCGUACACCAUUCAGGGUAACUACGCCGUCCCGGCACAGGAGACCUGCACAGUAUAUCCACUAGCCAUUACCGGUGGCUUGCAUGCGGGCAUCUCCGGUUUAGCCGAUCCAUUACUAAAAGGAACACAUCUACAGGGAGCGAUACCUCCACAUCAUCUACAACCGAUACCUGAUGUUUCGGGAAUCGCUAAAAAUCCGCUUGCGGGUCUAGCAGCACUUGGAUUAGCUGGCGCGAUUCCCUCCAACACUGGUGGACUUAAUCCAACUGCUCUCGCCGCUUUGGCCGGUUCUCAACUGCGAACCAACAACAACCGCAACGUAGCCCCAGUUCAGUCGCAAUCACAUGAAAUGACCGUGCCAAAUGACCUGAUAGGUUGCAUUAUUGGUAAGGGUGGCACCAAGAUUGCAGAGAUUCGCCAGAUCUCUGGCGCCAUGAUACGCAUUUCCAACUGUGAGGAGCGCGACAGCGGCAACACGGACCGAACGAUCACCAUCACCGGCAACCCGGACUCAGUCGCACUUGCCCAGUAUCUGAUCAACAUGAGCGUCGAGCUUCAGAAGGCGAAUUUAGGUGACGAAGCAGGCGCAGCUGCUGCUGCCGCCGCCGCUGCGGCCACCGCACAGGUGACAGGUGCACAGCCGGCCACGGCCGGUAUCGUACCACCAUCGGCCGCAGCCACGCUUACCGCGGCGGCUUCCGCUGCUGCAGCAGCAGCCGCAAAUUCGGGCGUCGCCGGAACGGGCGCGACCGGUGCGAAUGCGGCCGCUGCUGCUGCGGCGGCAGUCACAAACCCACUAGCUACCGCGAUACCGUUGGCGCAGCUGCUAGCCAAACCGGGCACAUUAAAUGCACUGAACAGUCUGUCCGCUCUCGGUAGUCUGACCGAUCUGAUCGGCAAUCUGUCUAGUGGGGCCGCCGCGGUAGCACCGAUCCAGACGACCGGUGUAAAUCGACCCAAGACCACGCGUAUGCGCUCUCCCAACACCAACAACAGCAUGAACGGUGACAGCAGUAAGAAAAGUGAACGCAAUAAGUUCAGUCCCUACUAGAGCUAAAGUGUCGUCCUGAAAAGAACAAGAGACAG